AUGUUUGAGCAAUCCUAAGAGUGCUGGACAUCAGACUAUUAUAUUCAUGCGAUCGUAGCAAUAUUAGGAUUAAUAAUCACAUUGAGCUUUGGUGUUUUGAUGGCCUUCGUAACUUAUGAAUCAAGGAGAACAGACUAAGAUGCAAAUGCAAUGAGAAAUGGAAGAUCCUAUUAUUAGUUGUUGAUCUACAUUUUUACCCAGAUAAUGACAUACUAGUUAUUAGCAACUCCUGAGUACACAAUAUUGAUCAUAGCAGUCUUUUUGAUUGGGAGUUCUAUUGUAUUCAUAAAUACCCACAUCGACCAACCUUAUUAUGAUACAUUCAUAUAGAAAAUGUGGUCGAUCUUGGCAGGAGUCAAUUUUUGGACCAUCAUUAUGAUGUUCUAUUCAUAUCUAUUGGAUGGCAAGACCUUUUAGAACACCAUCUAAGCAUGGCUGCUAGGGAUUCCCCUCAUUAUUGGCAUCAUCAUAUUUAGAUAGAGAGAAUAAUUUGAUUUGAUGCGGGCUAAUUUAAGAAAGUUUCAAGAUGGAGGAUAGGUCAUAAAGUUAUGUGAGUAUCUUUUGCUUCUCAUUCACAACUCAAGCAAAUCUCAGAGGUAUUAGCUGCUGAUUGAUAGUUAUAUUGAAAUCCACAAAGAAGUUUGCAAUAGAAACGACUGUGUUGUCAAACUCAAGGAGGAAAUGGCAAAUAAAUUUAAAGGCAAUCCCAAAUACACUAAUCGAAAAAACAUAGUCAAUGAGUUGAUCACUCAAAUUUAUUAGGAAUCUAUCAAGAAUUUUCCUGAAGAUAUCCAAUUAAGACUUAGUUAUGUUUACUUUCUUUAUGAUAAUAAAAAAUCCUACUCUUUAAUCAUGUCAGAAUUGGUCCAAGCCAUGGAAUUCAAACCAACCUUUGAUUAUGAGUUCCAUAUUUACAGAUACAAAUUAAUUAUUGAGGAAGAGUCCCAACAAAAAGCAGAACAAUUUGAUAUAUCCAAUUCUACUAAAUAAACCAAGUAGUUGAUUGAAGUUCUAGAAUAAGCAGCAUUGUAAAUGAUAGAAUUUUGGAUCUCUAUGUCAGAUGAUCAUCCAGAUAUGAAUAAGCUCAUGAGUUUGGGAUUCAAGAUUUUGAAGUAAAAAGAAGAAAUUGAUUCAUUUUGGUCCAAAUUGAAAAACAGCGACUCUUUGAAAUUAUUUAAUUUGAUGGCUAAAUUCUAUCUGUUAGUAUUGGAUGAUCAAGAAGUUUCAGAUCAACUAUAGAAUCAACUUUGGGUCUUAUAGAAAAUUAAAUAGUAGGAGGUAACUGAAAUAGAAGAAGUAUGCAAUAAAUCAAUGCCAACGUUAGUGGUUACUGCAUAAUUCUAAAACUUUCAUAUUUAAACUGUUAAUAAAGCUCUAUGCAGUCUCCUUGGCUAUUCUAAAACGGAUCUUAUUGGGAGAUCUGUCAAUCAAGUUAUUCCAGAGAUGUAAAUAAUUUUAUAGAUAUAUAUUUCAUUAGAUAUGCCACUCAACAUAACAGUUGCUUAGAGCUAUUCAUUGAAAAUCAAGCCAAAUAUUAACAAAAUUUAGUCACUUAGAUUGUAUAUCUUUAAGCAAAAAGUAAUUAUAUAAUACCUCUGUAUUCAAAUGUAAAAUUGAUAUAAACAAAUAAUAAUCAAUUGUAUUUCAUUGCAUAAUAUCAAUAAACCUUCAGUCCCAAAUAAUAGUGUAUAUUACUCUUAGAUAUGGAAGGAUACAUAGAAAAUAUUACAAGUUCUUGUAUAAUACUGUUGAGAUUGGACAUUAUUAAAAUACAGAUGAGGAGAAUCAACAUUAAAGAAUUAUUUCCCGAUUUUCAUUUUAGAAAAUAAGAAUUUCUUUAAAAAAGUGGAGCCAAAUUACACCUUGUUCCUCAUGGCUUGAAAUUCAGUACUAGAACCAUAGACACAGUAAGUAUUUACGAAUAGAUUGAUUUUCAGUGCUAUUUGAAUUACAUUUAAUUUCCCUGUAUCAAAGAUGAAGAACUUUAUGGCAUAGUAAUGAGAUUAGAAAAAAUUAUCAGUCAUAAUGCUUCAGAAUCAAUUUUGAAAUUAACUCCGUAAUAAUAGCCCAGAAAAACUAGAUUUCCUAUUUUUUAAUUCAUUCCUCCUUCUGUCUACUAUCUGGACUAUAUGAGUGUUACAGAGAUUGAAGAAUCGAUGGAUCUUAAGUUGUCUUAAGACAAUUAACCUAAAUUAUCUAAAAUUGUGAAUUAUUUUUGCAUGGUAAAAAGGAUGUCAUAAUCCCAAAAACAGAGUAUUCAUUAUGAUGACGGAAUAAGAGUAAAACGAUUAUGGGAUGGGUAGAUUAGAGAUUUAGAAGAUUUUGAUAUCGACUAACAAUAAUUAGAAGAUGAAGAAGAGGAAUAUUUAAAUUCUCAAUUAUUAAUUAAGGAGAAAGAUAAAGAGAUGUAGGAAUUCCAACACUACUUUGAAUUAUUUUAAUCUAAAUCCUCAAUGUACAAGCUAUUAAUCAAUUCUAAUGUUUCAAGAGGAUUCUAAGUAUUAAAUUAUUUAGUGAAUAUAUCAUUAUUUGUCCUUUACAUAUCUGGUUUGCUAGUAUUUAUAUUCAAUUUGAACGACGAUUAAAAUGUGUCUAAUAUGAUUUUUAAUUUGAGUUUGAACAAUAAACGACUAUCAACUUGCUUGAUGAUAUAAACAAUUUUAUAAGAUGUUAGACUACUAAAUUAUGGGAAAAUUAAUGGCGAUUUUGAUUACAUUGAAUAAUAAUUUAAAAGUAAUUUAGAGUAAUUAAAUUCAGAGAUAUAGGACUUAAUCUAAAUUCAUACUUCAUUAAUGACAUCUGAAACAUUAAUUAACCAAGAAUACCUAGAAUAUUCUGAUGCAUAUUUUUCACAAAAUAUAGAGCUUUAAUCACUUGAUGGCAGCAAAAAGAACUAUACAUACAAGGAAGCCAUUGAUUUGUUGAUUGGCAAGGCUUUAUAUUUAAAUUCUGGAGAUAUUUCUAAAUUUGAUGACUUAGAUGUUGAUUUUUAUUUUUACAACUACAAUACGAUAAAUUCAAUAACCAAAAAUUAUUAAAUACCUUUAAACUAUCGAUAUUAUUCAAUCAAAUCAGUUGCUUAGAAUUCCCUAGAUAAUAAAUUGAUUUUUUUGAUUCUGCAAACCUUAUUGCAAUUAAUCGCAUAUAUCCUAAUAGCUUUAUAUUUAAUUUAAUUCAAUAGAUUCUAACAUUAGAUUUAUUAGUUAUUUUUUGAAGUUAAUCAGAUACAAAUAAAAACUAUAAUCUCGAAAUGCGAGUCCUUCUUAUCAUUCUUGAAUAUUGGAGAUGAUGAAAAUGUAUGAAUAAUAUCGCUAUUAAAUAGGAUGAAGUCUAAGAUGAUAAACAAUAGAAAUACAUCUCUGACUAGGAUGAAAACAAAAUGAUGAAUAACAAAUAAAUUAAAAAUUGGAAAAACAGCAAUAAAAAAUUCAAGAACUUUAUGGCUGUUGUCUUCUUGAUAUUUGCAAUCAUCGAAGGAUAUUUCAUUUAUUAAUAUAUCUCAGCUUAAGGAGUUGUAGAAGCUACCUUUAAUUUGAGUCCCAUUCUAAAUACAACUUCUUUGCUAGAAUCACAAUAUAGAUUAGGAGACAAUGCUAUUAGAGAGUAUUUAGUAAAUCCAAAUUAGAGUAUUUAUUGUAACCCUAAUCCUCUGAAAUUUAUCAAUAAUUAUUUUGAUAGACUUUAUGAGACUAAUGCGGAUGUGUAGACUAAAUUUACUUAAAAUCUAGAUUUGUUUUAACCUGAAUACAUAAAUCUAUUUUAGGAACUAUUUGUAAAAAACCCCUGUCCUACAUUGGGAUUAUUACAAGAUUUCAUUACAGAAGAUUAUUGUAACACUUUCUUUAAUGGGGUUGUAUCUGAAGGGUUGUCUAUUGGGCUAACCAAGUAUUUUGAGAGUCUAGAACUCUUCCUUUUACAAUACUAAGCAUUUUAACUUUAGCAUGCUACUGAUGGGGAUGAAGGAAAGGAUGAGAUUAGGAAUUUGGUGAUAUAUUUGUUAAAUACUACAUUAAGUGUUGAAAUUAGGACUAUGGAGAAAGUAGUGAUAAGAUACACUUAAAGAUAUUUAAUUGAUCAAUUGGAAUAAAGCAUUAGAGAUUCGUUUAGUCAAUUAUCAUUAACAAGAAUUCUGCUCUUUAUUUCUUUUACGUUGUAUAUAUUACUUAUUACUUUCUUCCUUUGGAUUCCCGCAAAUUAGGCUUUGGUUAGGUAAAUCUAAAAAAGCAGAACCUUGAUUUUAAAUAUGCCGAUGUCAACUCUGAUGAAGUAAUAAGUUAUUAAUUUUUCCUUAGUUCUGCCUUAGUUAGAAGAUAUAUAAGAUAAGUACUGAAAAAUUGA